GGAUACACAUUGGCUAGCGAUAGAGCGUUGAACUUAAAAAGAUGUUUACUUUGCUUUCUCACUUCAGUCUUCCUGCCAGAAAACAUUCACAGUAGUUAUGAUUAUUGCCUUGCGAUGGUAGACAUCGCCCUGCGAUACAGGGUAUACUCGUCGUGAUCGCUGUGCUACCGGGCGCCGCGUCGAUCAAUAACUGCCCACUUGGGCAGGUAUCCAUCAAAUCCUUGCCUGAGGAAUCGAUACAUUCUCACGGAAAGGGGCAGGGGGCCUUGUGAUUGGCCAAGAUCCCCCUUAGCGUCAUGGCGGUCCCGUGGGUUUUGUCGACAGCAACAAAACAAUCCUCUCAACGAUUACUUUGCCUCAAUUUUCAAACCAAGACCAAACUCUCACGUACCUGCGGAAACGCCCAUCUAUACGACUUCUUUGUUUCCUCUCACACUCCCUUAAUUCAUUGUACCCCCAGGAGCUCUUCCCGCUAUCCCAACCGAACUCAAAACCAGGACCGUAUACCCCACCAUGGGCGAAUCUAGGCAAGAGCUUCUGGCAUGGCUUAACAACCUGUUGCAGCUGAACCUUACCAAGGUUGAGCAGUGCGGCACGGGUGCGGCUCUCUGUCAAGUCUUUGACUCAAUCUUUAUGGAUGUCCCCAUGUCCCGUGUGAAAUUCAACGUCAAUACCGAGUACGCCUACCUUCAAAAUUUCAAGGUUCUUCAAAACGUGUUUGCUCGCCACCAGGUAGACAAGCCGGUACCCGUACAACAACUUACCAAAUGCCGCAUGCAAGACAACCUUGAAUUCCUGCAGUGGACGAAGCGAUACUGGGACCAGCACUUCCCUGGUGGUGAUUACGAUGCUGUUGCUCGUCGGAAGGCUUCGGGUGCUCCCCCUGCUCCUGCUAGUGGUUCUCGCUCAGGCGCAGCAUCGGCGGGAGCCACGCGGCGGGGAGCUACACCUACCACUGCUGCAGCUCGUCCACGAGUCGCUGCAGCAGGUGGGCCUAACGUGUCCGCCUUGCAGCAAGAGAUUGCGACUCAGAAGGAAGCUAUUGCCGGGUUGGAGAAGGAGCGGGAUUUCUAUUUUGCUAAGCUGCGAGACAUUGAGCUUUUGCUGCAAAGUGCCAUCGAGGCAGACCCCGAGUUGGAGAAGGAUGACGAUUCGUUGGUGAAGCACAUUCAAGGUAUUCUGUACUCGACAGAGGUAUGAAAGAUUUCCAUCCCGUUCAAACGAAUACGGACCGGGAGGACUAACUGUCGGACAGGAAGGAUUUGAGAUCCCAGCUGAAGAGGGUGAGGGUGCUGCGGAUGAACUGGAGACAUUCUAAAUUCCGGUUGAGAAACGUUUGUCCGUUUUUAAUACCCCCUCAUAGUAUGACUAGCGUUGCGUGGGUGGUUUUGACCCCUCAUGUUUUGAUUGGAUUUCCUGUUACUCUCCUGAGUUGGGUCCUCGGUCAAGCUGUCGGAGAGAGAGAGAGACAGAGCUUGGCAGCUGGCACGAACUGGAGAGCGAGAAAAUCAUGAGCUGUUUCGUGGACAUUUGGCGAUAGGACAUUUGAAUUUCCGUCAGGCUCCAGACGAGAGUCCAAUAGAAUUGUUCUCUACUUCUAUAG